CUUCCAGGACCUUGCUGUGGAGGCGUAGCAGUAGUGACGAGGGUAGGAGAUGUUCACGAGGCAGGGGAAUUUGAUAGAUCACAGGAAGUGAUUUUGCCUGUAAUUUUUCCCUACCCCGUGGUUCUGCGCUUGCGCAACGCCACCCCCGUCCCCCCGUCCCCCAGCUGACCCACGCCACUUCCGGUGCGUCCGCUUCACCGGAAGUGACGAGUAGGGCAAUAGGAUAGCGCACUGUUACGCUCACCUAUUUCCGGAUUAGUAGUGGCGGCCAGCUUGCUGUGUGUCUCGCGCUGUGUGUCGGGCUGCUUGCUGUAACAAGCGGCUGAGAUGAGUGAGAAGGCGCUGAGGGUGUAAGUUUGACUGGGCCUUGUUACUGUGUGGGCAGCGGGGCUGGAUACAGAGAGGCGGGGAUGUUGUCACAUGGCGGUAAUAGAGCUGUGAGUAAAAUAUACACACUGACCACGUGCAGGGACUAGUCCUGCACACUCUACCCCCCCCUGCUCGGUAUACCCCCCCGCACAUCUUUAUUGUGUCUGACCGCUUUUUUUUUAUUUUUGGGAGCAGGAGAACAUCCUUUCCUUUGAUGUCAGCCCUUCCUCCUUUAGUAUUUCCCUGUGUCAUGAUAUUUCCAGUCACAAAUCCAAAUUGUAUAUAUUUUCCUCUAGUGUACACUUAUGUUUAACACGGGGACAUAAUUAAUGGACAAGACUUAGUUGGUGUCGCAUUGCUUAAUGGCUAACUCUCAGCGACUCAUUUAUAAAUGAUAGUAUAAUAGGUAUGAAAAAUGAGUUCUGCACAACACUUUCAUAAGUAGUAUAAUCUGUGUAAAAGUGGGCUCUUGCACUUGUUCUAACCAUUGGGUCUCAAUUUUUUUAAGUAAAUGGGGACCACCCGAAUUUAUUUCCCCACUUGGUUUAAAAUCCACCAACCUAAACAUUGAGUUGAACUGUGUAACAUCUUAACGAACAUAGAAGUGGUAAAAGAAUUCCAUUAACACAGAACUGGACAUAAUCACUUUUGCUAUUCUGGUGGCAAUAAUAGGCGGGAGUAAGCCGAAAUCUGUCAGGCAAUUAUUGCCAUCCAUGAUUGAAUAGAUGUGCAGAAAUGUUACUGCAGCAUUAGGUUUUCCGAUGAUCGAGACACUCCCAGUUGAUGUCACUGCUUAAACGCUUAAUGCAUUUAGAAUUGUAGCAACAUAAUCACUUUAAUAAACUAAUAGAUACAGUGCUUAGUGUCCCUCUACUGCUAUAAUUUAAGAAGUGUGUUGUGAACACAUGCAUGUUUACAAAACUAAUUAUCUCUUCCCCUCUCAGUAUUUUUAUAUGGUGGGAUGGUUAAGACCUUGUAUGUAUUGUAAGUCUUUCAUUAUGCAACAAAAAUGUUAAUUACUUACAAUCUUUAUACUACAUCCCUGUCUAUGGUUCUGAGGUUUAAAGUAAUGCACAGUAUAUUUAUCAUACUCUUUUUCAUUGUCAGGUUAACCUGUGGUGAUGUAUACGGGAAGCUGGAUGUGCUGUUCAAUAGAGUUCGAGCUAUUCAGAAGAAGAGUGGCCAGUUUGAUGUAAGAAUGUUAUGAGAUUGAUUGACUUUUAAUCACCUUUUGAUUUUAUAUCUGGUUACAAUUGCAUUUACGUGUUAAAUGCAGCUAAAUUAAUUUAUAAAUACUGAUUGCGGAGCUGUCACCAAAAAAUUAAUGAGCCAAGCAAUAGAAUGGCCUUGCAGUAAGAAGUGCAAUUUGUAGUUUUAUUUGGUACAAAUAUCAAAAAUAGAUUUUGGUAGUCCAAUAAAGAAAAAAGCAUUUUGGGAAAAUAAGUAAAAUGAUUUAAAGUCCUCCAGUGUUACCAAACAGUUCCAAGUGUGGAAAUAACUGUUGCUUUUUAUCAGAUUUUUUUUUUUUUUUUUUGGUUGCACCUCUGAUUCUUUGGUAAAGUGAGUGAUAAUUAAAUGGUUAAAAUGUAUACAACUACAGUAUUUAUUGAAGGGAGUUUAUUCUGGACACUGAGCUGUGAUUAUCUUGAGUAGUCACUGCUUUUUCUUAUACAAUACUUUUUUAAAGUGGUCUUUCUUAUUUUUUUGUAUGAUAAAUGAACAUUCUAAGCACUAUAACCACUACAGCGCUCUGUACUAGUUAUGAUGCCAGGAGUGCACUGGCACCAUCCCAUGAUAAGUAGUCAAAAUGUUUUAGUACAGUUUGACAACUUAUCUGGGUUCUGCCAGGCACCCACAGCCACAUACCCUGCAUCUGGUCUUUUUCUGUAGGAACAUCUGGCUGACCGUGUCAACUGAGCAUAGUCAACUUAUGGUUCUGGAUCUGCCAAGCUUAACUCUGCAGUAGGAUUUGAAGCAGAUGCACAUGGGAACAAAAUAAAUUGUUAAAACUUUUCUGAAAUGACUUGCUUUUUGCUGUGGGACAAUGCCAGGGCACUUCUGGUAACAUUACUACAUUGGGCUGUUGUGAUUGGAGUGUUGCUUUAUAAAAAUGGGGAUUGACUCAAGCUUAGAGUUUCCCUCCAAGUCUAUUUGCUUCUUUUUAAAUCAUUUCUUUUGUGUGUACAUUUGCCUCUGUAGGUGGCAUCACUCACUUUGCCGAAAGGUUCUGAGAGUCUCAACUAAUGUCACCGCACACUGCUGUGAUCAUGGCAAGAGUGGCAGCAUCUUUCUCUUCACUUGGUUUGAUAGACUGGAACUAUGGAAGCACAUGAGGUCAUCUGAGGCACCGUAGCGAAUCAGUCAGUGAGUGGCUUGCUCUCUUUGUUGGUAAUUCAGGCAGUCACUUUCUGGAGGGAAAUUUAAAUUUUCCCCAAAAAAACAUUUAUUAUGCUUAUUUUAAUGGGCCAAUCAUAAAACCCUGUCUCAUUCUAUACCCUUAAUUUCUCUGGAUACUCAAUAUAUAUUAAUUUCUACAAAGGGUUAUGCAGGUCAUAAUGCUGGCAAAUCCACUAUAUCACUUCCUGCUCAUUUAACAUAUAUUAUUUCCUAUUUCACUUUUUAGCUUUUACUCUGUGUUGGAAGCUUUUUUGGCACAAGCCCGGAGAGUCAAGCCCUCUGGGAAGACUACAAGUCUGGAGCAAAGAAAGGUGAGAAGACUUGCCGUUAAAGGGGCUUUUCCAAGCAAACCUAUUUUAGUGGAUAUUAUGCUAGUAGAUUAUAGAUGCAGUCAAUCUGUUUUUCUACUAUUUUAAACUAUUCUCAAGCAAUUAACACUUUUGGUGUUGCUAAUCUAAAAAAUGCUUUUAGUUAUUGUUUUUCAGUAGACACCUUUCACCAGGUUUCUGGUAAGGGUCCUUUCCCGAAGACUGCAAUUAUUUAUUUAUUGUAGUUUUCCUUUGAAGAAAACUACAAAUGGUGAGCAUUUACAGCAUUUCUUUGUGUAUAUUAUCUGUAUAGCUGACUUGGUUGUCUCUCUUGUUGUAGCCCCCAUCCAGACCUACAUCUUGGGAGCAAAUAAUCAAGAAACUGUAAACCAUUUUGUGGAUGUUGAUGGCUGUGAAUUGACUACAAAUAUAACUUACCUAGGUAUGUAAACUUGUAUUACAAUAUAAAUGCUUGAAUUCCCAUAAUCCUGUUUAAAUUUGUGAUCACAAAUUAUACAAAACAUUCUAUAAAAAUCUCUCUUCUAUUCAGGUCGUAAAGGUGUGUUUACUGGAGCAUCAGGUCUGCAAAUAGCAUAUUUAAGUGGUAUUGAGUCCCGUAGUGAGCCUGCGCCCGCAUACUGCUUUUCUGCAAAGGACAUCCAGUCACUGAAAUUGUCAUUAACUUCCAAUUCAAAAUUCAAAGGUGUAGAUAUAUUAUUGACUUCUCCAUGGCCUAAAGAAGUGUGGAAUUAUGGCAACGUCCCGGUAUGUAAAUUGUCUUUAAACGCUUGUCCCUGAUCAAACAUGGCAGACAUUACUCCCUUCUUUGUGGUUAUUUCACUGUCCAAACAUUAUAUUGGUGGCACUUUAAAUGGAUAAUAUAGUUACCAGAACAGCUACAGCUUAAUGUAGUUGUUCUGGUGAGUAUAAUCAUUAUAUUCAGGCAUUUUUCAUGCAAACACUGCCUUUUUAGAGAAAAGGCAGUGUUUACAUUGCCCCUAGGGACACUUCCAAGUGGCCACUCCUCAGAUGGCCACUGGAGGUGCUUCCUGGCCCAGUGCUGCACAGAAGGUAGCUCUGUUGUUCAUAGUCUCUACGCUCUGCAUGGGAACUCUGAAUUUUCCUCAGAGAUGCAUUGAUUCAGUGCAUCUCUAUGAGGAGGUGCUGAUUGGCCAAAACAGCAUUUGUCCCCGACCCCUUGCCAAUUUUAGCAAUGAGAAAGCAUUGGAUUUGCUAAAAAGCGCAAUUCUGAUGAUGUCAGAAGGGGGUGGGGCAAGUGCCGGCAGACACACAUGGCGCUGGAAAUGAGGGGAGUUUUCAUGCUUAUAAGGGGGUGGGGGCAAGCCAUCUUAAUGGUGGGUUUAGCACUGUUGGGUCAGGAAUACAUUUUUGUGUUCCUGACCCUAUAGUGUUCCUUUAAGAUAUAAGUGUUUGUUUUCAUGUCACUUUAAAACUGCAACUGAAGGGAAAUUAAGGGGGGGGGGGUUUAUUGCUAACUGAUGCGUGUAACCAUUAUGCAUAUAAAAAAAUAAAUAAAGCUGGCCUUUUAGAAUAUCGUUUGGUGGCAAACACUGAUUCAAUUAAUAGCAGAAAGGCUACAGAGGUCUUGCUUAAUAACCACUUCAGCAGGAUGAAGUGGUUAUGAUGCGGUUGUAUAACCCUUUUCCUUUGUUAAGGAAAUGAUUAUCCAGGACAGGAGUACAACAAUUAAUUUAAUCUAUUUAUUUCUACAUAUAGUUAUGCAUGUCGGAAUGUUGGCAAAGCCACAUUAAUAAAAUGUGUGUUUUUAUUGGUCUAUUCUCUUGGAAUAUUUUAAAUAUCACUCUACUAUUCAGAUAUUUCUGCUGAGUGCUUUUUGAAUUUUUCUUGUUGUGUUUAUUUUUUUGACAACGGAAGUUGGUACUAUUGGCCGGAGGAACUAUUUGUUAAGAAUGCAUCUUGUGGAGAAUGAAGUAUUUAUUCAACAAUCCUUUUAUUUGUUUAUUUUAUUUUCUUAGGGUGAAAUAAACCUCAAACAAUGUGGAUCUUCUCUAGUUUCCAAUCUAGCUAGCAACCUAAAACCCAGAUACCAUUUUGCUGCUCUGGAGGGAGAGAACUAUGAAAGACUUCCAUAUAGGUGGGUAAGACUUUUGAUUUUUCAUGCUUUACUAUAUGUUGCCUGCAGCCCAAAGUAGAAUAAUACUAAAUGGGGAAAAAAAAAUUAAGAAGCAGUUUGGAUGAUUGGCCUUGCACAUUUGAUUAAAUACUGCAACAAAAUUGCAAUUUAUGUAUAUAUGAAGACAUUUCUAUGUACAUAAAUAUAGAAACUAUCCGUUUGUGUAGCACAUGCAUAAUUUGUUUGUAAACUGUGCAGCUUUUAGAAUAAUCUGGAGUCUGGACCAUUUAUUUUCUCUCAUGUAAAUUGAGUUUUUAUCUCAUGUUGACUCUGUUUUUACAUGAAUAUAUGGGUUUAAAGAGCAAUGUGCACCUCCAUUUUGUAAGUUGUGUGUGUAACAGAUGCAAUAUUGGUUGCGAUUUAUGGAUUCAGACUUUAAUGCUCAUAUCAGGAGAACUCUCUCUCAGAACAUUUAUUUCCCAAGUCUCUAAAUCCGUUCUCAUCAGCAUGUAGGGUAGGACCAAAAGGAUGUAAUAUUUACAAAGGAAACACAUUAGUGUUUGGAGCUAUGAACUAGGCUUUGCUAUGCCAUCUGUGGAUAUGAGCUUGAAACCUUGGUCCAGUGGGCUGUAGUACAGAUGAAUAACAAAAUAACACUAAUAUGGUGUAAUAUGUCAGAUGUCCAGAGUAGUGGAUACAAUAUGUAUAAAAUGCACACUCGUAUUUAGUGGAGCCUUCUGAUUACUGCUUGUGUAGGGCUUUUGAGUGGAAUAAUCCCCACUCUUGGAUGAUAUAUAUAUAUAUAUAUAUCUCCCUUGGCUUGGUGCAAAAAAAUUGGUUUUGCUCAAUCCAAAGGCAUAGGUGAAAUAUUCCCCAUGAAGAAAGAGAGGAGUUCCCAAUGUCAGGGUAACAGGAAGGUCCAGCGGUAGAAAUUAUGCUUAAACUUUCUUAUAAAAGUUGUGAUAAAUAGACAAUAAAGUAAAAUAGCACACAACGCUUUUCACCCAGUAAUUAACCUUUUUUAAAGAAACACAAUUCUACUUGUUAGCUCCAUAAAGCUAAAGGAAGUGGUCAAUGGUGCUGGGCUAGCGCACCCAUACCUUCCCGCCUUACGAAUGAGCUGUUAAACUUAUUGAGAAUCAUUAAAGGACUGGAAUUUUAAUAUGGCUUAUUUGAUAGGAAUCUCAAUAUAUAUAAUACAGUGCAAUUAUCACAUAUUUCAUCAGUAGAUUGUUUUAGCAAAUCAGGUUUGUAUUCCUGCAAAGGAACUUUGAGUCCUAUGAACUCAAUUGCUGUUCUCUCGGACCAUUCCUGUUUCAUUGAAUUAACAAAGUGACAGAGGAAAAGCAGGUAAGCCUGCACAGGCACACUGGUGUAUAGAAAUUUAUAACAAGAACUUUCACUUGAUUUAAUGACCCCAUAUCGCAUAGAUGGCUUCUGGAGAAGUGCAUAUACCUUCCCUCCAUAAAGAUGAAACUACUCACUGUUAGGUGUUUUUUAUUUUUUUAUUUUUUUUUAGCAUCAUCAUGUAAUGAAGGCUAUUAUUUUUUUAUUUUUUUUCUCCUUUGUCCACAUGUGGAAUUCUAGGUAAAACUCAAGUUCAGUUUAAUUACAAAUAUUAAUUACAAAUAUUGGCCAAACAAGUCUGAAAUAACAUCAUGACCUGCAUGCUCAUUGUAACUGUGCGAGAGCUUUCAUGAGAUAUUUUACUUUUUGUAAAAACACCACACAAGGCUCACUGUCUGUCUGAUUUUGAGUUGCCAUUCCCUGAUGAAGUCCUGUAAAUGCAAGUUUUAGAGAAUGACACUGUAUCUGAUGCCUGGCUACUUUACUGAAAUGGGUUCUAAUGGAACUUGCACAAUAAUUUAUUGUCUUUCUACAUCCUCUGGUAGCGAAGGCAUUCAUUGUUUUGUUUUUGGCUUGGAAACCCACAUUUGUGCUUGUUUAAAUGUAAAAGUAAUCAUAUUGGUUUCAAGCCUGUUUUUGUGUUUUUUACACAGAAAUCAUUUUGUAUUGCAAGAGAGUGCACAACACGUCAGCCGGUUUAUAGCUUUGGCAAGCAUUGGGAAUCCUGCUAAGAAGAAGGUAAUUCUUACAACUGAAAGCUGGUGUUGGUAAUCAAGCAGGUAGCAGAAUGAAAUUGUAAACUGAUUGGAGAUGACCUUGUAUCUGUCAAUUGAAACCAGACUUAUCUCUCAGGUUGUGCAUUUUAUAGCAGACAUGAGACUACUCUUUGCUAGAGACGUCGCGAACCGUUUGCGAACUUCCCGCGAACGGCUCGCUGCGAACAGUUCGUGGCAAGCUCCGGUCAGCUGACACAUCCCGGCCAAUCUCCAGCAGACCCUCCCACCUCCUGGAAAGCAUCCAUGUUGAAGGCAGCUUCAACAUGGAUGCUGUCCAGGAGGUGGGAGGGUCUGCUGGAGAUUGGCCGGGAUGUGUCAGCUGACCGGAGCUCGCCGCGAGCCGUUCCCGAACGGUUUGCGACAUCUCUACUCUUUGCGUGUGUUCUGCUCACUGAUGCUAUCAAUAUUGUCUAUAAACCAACAGGAUGAUAAAACUGGGCACACAGUGGAAGCAUUGCAAAGACUGCGAUUAUAUUGUAUGUUUUAUAUUUCUCAAUAGAUGUAUAUGUAUGUUCCAGAAUAUUACUAUGUGGAUUUCUCCCACUGCUAUUGCAAUACCUACCCAAGCAAAAUGAUCAGGGAUAGGGUUCAUUUGUAAAAUGUUGUUCAGAUGCCAACAACUUGGUGGCAUAUCUAAUAAUGGAGGGGAGAAGUUCCGAAAACCCAUAUAUAUCUAUCUCUAUAUACAGUGGGACUUCGGUUUACAAAUUUAAUGCAUUCUCCGGGACGUUUCUUGUUGCGAAAAAAUUUGUAAACCGAAAAGCGGUUUCCCAUAGGAAUGCAUUGAAAAAACAAUUAAUCAGUUGUGGAGGUCAGAAAAAAGUCAAACUGAGCUGGCAUGGAAACGAACCCACAAUGCAGAACACACAAAAAAAGGCAUGCAAACGACAAAGCUCAGCUCCCUACCUUUCCACAGCUUGAGAAAUGCACCAAAAAAAUGGCUCCAAAACUCUAUGCAAAAGCCGCUCCAACACCUCUACACUCGACGCCACGUGCUACCCACAGGCUCCAGCAUGCAGGAGGCAGUGCUAUAAACCUCCCAGGUGCAAUGCAUCCUAUGGAAACUUGCUUCGUAUUGCUAAAACAUUUUGUAAACCGAGGCAUUAUUUUCAAUGGAUUACCAUACACAAGAUCCAGCGCACUCUCCGAUCCACUAAACAGCAACUUGAAUGUUGACCGAUUUUUUUUUUUUUUUUUUUUUUUUUUUUUUUUUUUUUUUUUUUUUUUUUUUUUUUUUUUUUUCCAAAACACCUAAUGUAGGCAAAAAUAAUGGUGGUUUAGUUACAUUGUAUGAUCAUACAUUGCAUAAUCCUGUCACAACGUCAAUGUACCCCAUCUUUGUCAGGUCCUACUCUAACAGCUAAAUGUCUGCUCUUAUGAGAUUAACCCACUUACUUUGGGGGGGGGAAAUUUCAUCUGGGGUUCUUUGCAGUACAGAGCUAAAUAGGGCCAUGGGAUGAAGCACCUGUUUCCACUUUGGCUAUUAUGAUCUGAAAUUUGGUUUGGAUUCUCACUUUAGUGAAUGACAAGGUCUGAAAUUCCUCAUGAAAAGUAAAUUAAUUUUUGUGUAAAAACGAAUAUACAGUUCAUUUGUUUGCAGAGGUGGGUGAUUAAAUGGCUAAAGGAAAGUGUCAAAAUGAUAGUUAAAUACCAGAGGUAAUCUAUACUUUUUGCUUCAUGGUUUUUGGGUUUGUGACUGCUAAUAAAGUUAGUUUCCACAGACUAAAUUUUACAAAGGUUUGACCUUAAAGGGAAACGGAUACUUUCCAGGAUUGUAUACUUAUUCCUAUAUUUGACAAAUAUUUGCUUGUAUUGUGUCUAGCCUCUUAUACUGCACCUCUAUCUUGGUUCCCUCUCCGUUAUUUUUAUAAUCUUGUCUUUUGCAACAGGCAUUCUGCAAAGAGAAAGCAUAGAGAAGAUAAAUUAAGCAAUGUCUUUCUCUUCUUAUGCCAGGUUUCCAUGGCAGUGAAUUAAAAAAAGUAAAACAAAUUAUUUUUUUGUUAAAUGCUAUGUAUUUUUAUGCGUAUAAGAAGCACUUUCUGCCCUUUAAAAACAAUAUAUUAUGUAGGUGAACUUUAACAGAAAGUAUUACAUUCUGGUGAACCAGCAUGCAACAAGCGUAUAAUAGUGCAAAAAAAGGCAUCCUUUUAAAUGCGUGGACCCUCUGAAACCUUGGUCACGAAGGGAUUAGACAUUCUGUUUUGUUCAGUACAUAUCCAGCAGUAGAGGAACGGACAACUAUUCUUUCAUAAUUACUGCUGUGCUUAAAAUGCAAGCUUGUUUGAGCAGGACCCUCAGCACUUUCUGUGCCUGUACAUGCAACUUUAAUUGUUGCAACUAAUUGUUUUAGUCCAUCUAUUGUACAGCACUGCUGAAUUUGGCACUUUAAUAAUAUAACUAGAAAGUAAAAUUUGUCCUAAAUUAUGUAACGCUGAUAUCUAUGUACCACAACAUGUGUUUAGUGGGCGGAAACAAACUUCAAAUUUUACCCACUAAUUGCUUUUCUUAAUUUCUUAUUGCAUUUGAUUGAUUUAAUAUGGUUUUCGCUUAGAAUAUCAGAAGUAUCAUUUAUUUUCCAGUGUAUCUAUGCAUUUAGCAUUGUGCCAAUGUGUGUGAUGGACUCAACAGAACUUGUCAAGCAGCCACAAGAUGUUACUGAAAACCCUUACCGGAAGUCUGAGAAAGAUACGCCAAAGAGUAAAGGAUCUGGAGCUGAAGAGGAGGUAUUGUAAAUGGAGAAUUUAUUUUCGUUAAAAUUUUUGGAAAAUUGAUAUGUUCCCUCCAAGGUUGUUAAUUGACAGACAAAAUUUUCUGCAUGGCAGCUCUAAAAAACAGAUCUUCACGUUCCAUGAAGGUUACAGGUUAUUAAAAGCAAAGAACAGUAGUGCAAAGUGUGUUUGAGGUUUUUUUUUUUUGUUUUUUUUUAUUAUACUUGCACUACAAUUGAGCAAGUAUACAUGGCAGCAGGAUUUCCCUAGACAAAUUAGUGUAACUUCCUACUCUAAUGCAUGUUUCUCUAAAUAUGAAAGCAAUUCUAUACUGCAUUGUGGUUGAGACAAAUGUCUGUAACUUUUUAAAAUUCAGCACAUGUUCAGAUAAAGAUAGAUAGAUAUAUAUAGAUAUAAUAUAUAUAUAUAUAUUCUCUUUUUAGUAUACAUGCAAUAUGCACAGAGGUCUGUUAAUAUUUACUUUUGAAUUAAUGUAUUGUACAUGCCUCUCAAUCCUCUUUCAAACUGUACUAGGAAGAACCAACACAGCAGUUUUUCUUUGACUUGAGUAAGCAGCAUGGAAAAAAAAGACCGUCUGAUGGAAUUGGCCGUCAACAAUUCCAAAAAAAGCAACCCAGAAAACACCGUAAGUGCUGUCAAUUUUUUUUCCUCUUCUCCUGUAAUUAAGACUUGCACAGAAUUCCCAUUAGCUUUAAUCCCUUAAGACCGCAGGGCGUUCUAUGCCGUCCCUAUUUAGAUGGCUCUAAACGCCACAGGGGGGCAUAGAACGCCCGGCGAUCGCGGUAUGGGGACUCACGUGGGAGUCCCCCUUCGGCCCUCCUGGGCCAUGUGAUCGCGAGGUCCUUUCGAGGAACUCGCGAUCACAUGGUUGGCAUAGCCGUCCAAAGCAUUGCCAGUAGGGGGAGUGCCUGUAAUGACAGGUACUCCCCAUUGCCUGAAAAUAAAAUAAGUUAAAAUAGUGUAAAAUAUAUACUUGGAUCUCAUAUAUAUAUAAUAUUACAUAAAUAUAUACGUAGAAUAUAUAGAUAUCUCUAUAUAUAAUUUUUUAAACGUAUUUACAUAUUUAAUUAUACAUAAAUAUAUAUAUAUAUAUACAUUGAAAAUUAUAUAUAUUUUUAAGCAAUAUUGUAAUAUAUAUAUAUAUAUAUAUAUAUAUAUAUAUAUAUAUAUAUUACAAUAUUGCUUAAAAAUAUAUAUAAUGAAAAUUAUAUAUAUUUUUAAGCAAUAUUGUAAUAUAUAUAUAUAUUACAAUAUUGCUUAAAAAUAUAUAUAAUUUUCAAUGUAUAUAUAUAUAUUUAUGUAUAAUUAAAUAUGUAAAUACGUUUAAAAAAUUAUAUAUAGAGAUAUCUAUAUAUUCUACGUAUAUAUAUUUAUGUAAUAAUUUUACAUAAUUAGGUCAUUUUAUUAAUUACAAUUUGCAGGACCUGCCUGACAACCCAGGCCAAAGUUCAGGGAAUUUAAUAUGCUAGCACUAUAUUUAACCCUGUAACUUUCCAAGACACCAUAAAACCUGUACAUGUGGGGUAUUGUUUUACUCGGGAGACUUCGCUGAACACAAAUAUUAGUGUUUCAAAACAGUAAAAUGUAUUACAACGAUGAUAUCGUCAGUGACAUUUUUUGCAUUUUUCACACACAAAUGGCACUUACACGGACGAUAUAACUGUUACAUUUUACUGUUUUGAAACACUAAUAUUUGUGUUCAGCGAAGUCUCCAGAGUAUAACAGUACCCCUCACGUACAGGUUUUAUGGUGUUUUAAAAAGUUAGUCAAAUAUAAGGCUUGCGUUUUAGUUUUUUCACAUUAAAAUUCGCCAGGUUGGUUAUGUUGCCUUUUGAGACCGUACGGUAGCCCAGGAAUGAAAAUUACCCCCAUGAUGGCAUACCAUUUGCAAUAGUAGACAACCCACGGUAUUGCAAACGGGGUAAGUUCAGUCUUUUUUUUUUUUUUUUUUUUUUUUAGUAGCCACUUAGUCACAAACACUGGCCAAAAUUGGCGUUCAAAUUUAGAUUUUUGCAUUUUCAAAUAUUAACACUAACUUUGGCCAGUAUUUGUGACUAAGUGGUUACUAAAAAAGACUGGACCUACCCCAUUUGCAAUACCUUGGUUGUCUACUUUUGCAAAUGGUAUGCCAUCAUGGGGGUAAUUCUUCUUCCUGGGCUACCAUAUGGUCUCAAAGGCAACGUAACCAAUCUGGCGAAAUUCAAUGUGAAAAAAAUGAAAAAUGUAACACGCUAUAUUUGACCCUGUAACUUCCCAAAACACCAUAAAACCUGUACAUAGAGGGUACUGUUUUACACGUGAGACAUCACUGAAUACAAAAAUGUGCAUUUGAUUGCAGUAAAAGCAAACAGUAUUUUGACAUUCACAGUUAAAAUGUCACGUAGAACUAAGAAAAUUAAAAAAAAAUCUUAUUUUCUCCCAUAUUUUUUUUUUAUAUUUUAUUCAUAUUAAAUUAUGUUCCAUAUUUAAAUAUUUGUUAAAUGAUAGCCCUGUUUCCCCUGAAUAAAAUGAUAUAUAAUAAGUGUGGGUGUAUUUAAUAUGAAAGGGGUGAAUUGAGGUUGGACAGACAUAUAGCGCAAAUGCCAGGUUUUAACAACAUUUUUGUUUUGAUCACAACUUGUACAUUUGGCUGCGGUCUUAAGGGGUUAAAGAAUGGAAUGUGUGGGUUGCUUUUCAGACAACCUGUAUGCGUUUAACUUCCAAUAUAUCUUUUACAUAUAAACUUUUACUCCCUUUUACCAAGAAUGAUGCAAGAAAAUUGGUAACAUGCUAAGCAUCAUAGCAUUUGCAAUAAAAACAUAUAUUCCCAAUGCUAUAGUGUUCUAGUCCUUGGUUAGAUUCAGGCUAACCCUAACUUAAAAAAAGAACCUGGUUUCCCAGGUCCUCGACACACUGCAUACAGGUGGCAGAUCCAUCUUCCAUGACAUCUGUUCAACUCUUCGUCCAAUCAAAUGAUUAUCAUAGAGAAUCAUUAUGGGUGUAAAGUGCAAAUCAUAGAUUACCUCACAAGCAGCAUCUGAUGACAUUUUGAUAUCCUUAUAUAUGUCAAAUGUCACAUGCCCAAGUGAAAAACUCACUUCGAUUCACUUAAUUGAAACUCCACUAAAUUAGCUUUUCCUUGUGAGAACAAAGUUGUACUUGGUUAGUGUUAUUAAUGAUGAAUCCUACAGCAUAUGAACUAUUCAUUCUACAAGGCAACAAUUUUUCAUGCUCACCAACAUAUAACAUUUUUUUUCUUUCUUCUAAACGUUGUGGUUAUGGCAAUCUUAAGUUCAUUGCAACUGUACUUGUUCAGCUUUUUGGAAUUUAAUUUUUUUUUUUUUUUUUUAAGCGCAACCGACUGGGCCCUGUUGGUUUUGUCUUGCAAGUCCUGAAGUUGAGAAGCACCUGGUGGUCAGCAUUGGAGAUAACGUAAGUAUUUGGAAAACUUACAAAAGGGUGUAAUGAAUAUUUUUCGCCUCUCCAGUUUUACCAAUAUAGCACCUAAAUUGGCACAACUAUUCCAUGCAUCCUCCUAAGCUACAGACAUGGUAUGUGUUUGACCAAUUGAGAAGGAUAAUCACAGAAGACUCCUUCCUUUUAUCAUGUGAACAUCUUAAAUGAAUAAAGCACUCUAAAAAUCAAUCCUGGACAACCACUAGUGUGUUUUCUUUUUUGGACACACAAGCUGGCAGUGUGUCACGUUUGACCUCUCCUAGCUUUGUAUAUUACAGUAUAUACUCGAGUAUAAGUCUAGUUUUUCAGCACAUUUUUUGUGCUUAAAAACCCCCACUCGACUUAUACUCGAGUCACUGUCUGUAUUAUGGCAACUUAGAGAGCCGCGGCCGUCAGUGCCAUGGCAACGAUCCGCGCGGCAACCAGACCGCGAGACUUACUGUGGAGCUGACCGGAACGGUGGAGAAGGGAGCUGACAGGAGCUGCAGGAAAGGUAAGUAAAUGCUUCCUGCCGGCCCCCCCACUUCACAGCCCAUGCCACUGGACCACCAGGGAUUAAGAUAGCCCCCCUCCCUGACCAGUUAACAAGCAGGGAGGGGGGACAAAAAAAAUUAAAAUAAUAAAAAAAUAAUAAUAUUAAAAUAAAAAAAAAUUAAAAUAAAAAUGCCCUCCCCCCACCUAGUUCACACACACUACACAAACACACACUCUGCAUUAUAUACACACUCUGCAUUAUAUACACACUCUGCAUUAUAUACACAGAGUGUGUGUUUGUAUGAGUGUGUGUGUGUGUAUAUAUAAUGCAGAGUGUUUGUUUGUAUGAGUGUGUGUGUAUAUAAUUAUAAAAAUCACAGAAUUUCAUAGCCCCAAGUUUUACCCUCGACUUAUCCACGAGGCAUAGCAUAUUUCACAAUUGUUGGUCACAAAACUGCACUCGACUUAUACAUGAGAUCGACUUAUACACGAGUAUAUACGGUAGUCUAAUCCUCGAAUGAUGUAGUUUGUGGUUUUUAUUUAAUGUAUUUUUCUUUUCUCUAGUGCUAUGUUGCUCUUGCUAAAGGAGGCUUAAUAUCAGAUCACGUAUUAAUCUUACCAGUAGGGCACUAUCAAUCUAUGGUUGACCUCUCGUCAGAAGUGAUUGAAGAAGUUGAAAAAUACAAGAAUGCGCUAAGAAAAUUUUUCAGGACAAAAGGAAAGAGAUAUGUGAUGUUUGAAAGAAACUAUAAGAGUCAGCACAUGCAGCUUCAAGUAAGUGCUUGAGCUAAAUGAUAUUUGAACCUCUUAACUGAAGGUAUUGCUGAUAAAGUUCAAAUCUGCAUGGCUGUUUGUGAAGUUUUUGAUGUUUUUAGACAUUGUGAUGUUAUCUCAAAUGGUCCAUCUGUUUAAAGUCACAGAUUGGCCUGGUACAUCACAUAGAUCAUUAGAGCAAUUGUUUGCAGAAAUCAUGUCCAGUACCUUGAUUUUUCUUUCCCUGUUAUUGUCUGCUCUUACAGUUUACAGCAUUAUACCUUAUUAGUUUAAGUCUGAAAAGACAGAUCUUGUCUUAAGUGAUUACCACCUUCUCUGAGGGAUUUUGUCCCAAUGAUGAUUUUAACUUUCUCAUCUAUAGAAUGUGUGUUGAUCUAUUAAACCUUCUAGGUUAAGAAGACUGCUAAACAAAUCUGCUUUUCUUAAUGGGUAUUUGUUUUUAAAAGUCAAAUUUUCUCAAGUGUAUAACACUUUAUUUCAUUUGGUUUGUUUUCAUAUUAGUUUUAUAUGUAUCAAUUGCAACUCCAUUACAAACAUGUUUAAUCAGAUAUUUUUAUGCCCAAAUCCAGGUGGUUCCUCUGCCUUUGCAAUGCUGUACUACGGAGGACAUUAAAGAAACCUUCAUUGUACAAGCGCAGGAACAGAACAUAGAGUUAUUGGAAAUCCCAGAGCACACAGAUAUCAAACAAGUAUGAGAAAAAUCUUAAUUUUUUUUUUUUUUUUUUUUUAAAUGUUUUUUAAUUUGAGGUGUUUGUCUAAAGUCGGCGUGCUCUGUGCCCAUGUAUUCAGACCCUGAUAUGAUAAAAGGUAAGGAUAACAAGAAGUGAAACUUAUGCAUUAUGUUAAUGGUAAUCCUAGACUGCGAGCAAUGGGGGAGAUAUUAGUCCAGUGCUCACAGUCCAUCAUUGCAUACAAGAAUAAAAAGUUGUGGGUGUUUAGUGCAGAUUCAUUCCACAUUAUCAUGUAAAUAGCUGCAGUGCUAUGCAACAGUUAAUUAUAAUUUUUUUGUGGCGUGUCCCUUUAAGAGACUUUUUUCCAGUUUGGCUAUUUUGAACUUAAAUUUGAAAUUCACUUUAAAUUCACAGAAAUUCUCACUUUAGUGUAUAAUCCUUUGAGUUAACUGUAACCCAGGUUCAUUCACUGCAAGUACUGAUGGCUCUGUGCAUGAGCAGCAAUUGCUGUGCUGUCCCCGCAAUGCUUGUGAAAGGGAAAUACAGAAACCGGUGACUGACUAUACGAAGCCUCAUUUGCGCUUUGUGCUGGGACUCAAAGUGAGUUAGAAAGAGCACCCUCCCUGCUGUCUGACAGCCAGAAAUGUGCAUCACAGACAAGUUGGAAAAGUGUCAAUUUCUCUUGAAAUUGGCAGUCUUGUAACGUGUGCGAGAGGGGAUUCAUUGUUAACUCCUAAAGCACUUAAGCAAGAUUAUGUUGUUUGGAGUGUGUGUGUGUAUAUGUGUGUGUGUGUAUAUGUGUGUGUGUGUGUGUGUGUGUAUAUAUAUAUAUAUAUAUAUAUAUGUGUGUGUGUAUAUAUGUGUGUGUAUAUAUGUGUGUGUAUAUAUAUAUAUAUAUAUAUAUAUAUAUAUAUAUAUAUAUAUAUAUAUAUAUAUAUAUAUAUAUAUAUAUAUACACACACACAUAUAUACAAUUUUUUUUUUUUUUCUUACAUUGACACCAGUUUGAAUCUGUCAUAUUUGGUACAUCAGUGUCCUUCAUUGGACAUAUAAAAUGCAGAUAAUUGAUAGGAUUUAAUGUUUUUGCUGAAACUUUUUAAUGUUUUCCUUUUCAGAUUGUACAGCCAGGGACACCAUACUUUUAUGUAGAGUUGGAUAGUGGAGAGAAAUUAUUUCACAGAAUAAAGAAAAACUUUCCCUUAGAAUUUGGAAGGUAUGUUUUGUGCUGUUUAAGCUUCAUUGUCUAAGCAAGAGGGGUUGGGCAUAAAUCUAGCUUUUGUUUUGUGUAUAAUUUGUAGACCACUAGUAUAGCUUUUUAUGGAAACUGUCAACUGAUAAAGUGCAAAAAUAUAUAGAAAGCUGCAAGGUAGACUGGGUUCAAAAGUGCAACAUCUUGAAAUGGAACUAUCUUUUGCACAGAUAUUCUACAAAUCUCUUUAAGGUGCAAAUAUAGUAAAACUGGUACAGGAUUGCCUUGAAAACAGGUUCUCAAAAAACAAAGAAAUGCACGAAGGAAAAAUACUAAUGUUAGUAUUUUACUAGUUGAAGAGUAAAUACAAAUGAAAAAUCCCAAAUGACACGCAUAGUAUUUUUGCAAAUCACUCGCUGGUUCCUAGGGACGUCAGACCUUUGGAUUAAUUUCCCAGCAAACAGCAUUGAUCGUCCAAUGAAUUCUCAGUGGAAGGAGUGCAUAUUCCAGUCUGCAGUAGGAGGUAGAUUCAGACAGAGUAGAGUUCAUAGAUGUAGUGAUAAAUCCCCUGAGAACAGUGUGACAUGUUUUCUCUAAGAUUUCCUCAACUUUAUUUGCAAGGGAGCAAGGACAUAGAGACUUUGCCACCUGUGUGCUCAAAACACUAGUGGUGCGAGAGAUGGUGAGCACUGAAUGUCCAUGCUGCUUCAGCAGUAAAAAUACACAAACUGAAACAAACUUUAUAUAGAAUGCAAUUAUUUAAAAAUUAAUAAACUCAAGAGAUAUAUAUUUUUUUUUUUGUGAUGAUUUAAUAAGCCCUAAUUACAAGCAUGUUUUGCAAUAUAUAAUGUGAAACCUUUUUAUUUUUAAGAGUUAAACUACAUAACUUCUUUUCAGAUGAGAACUUUCCAUCUACAUAUAAACAAUUAUCACAAACCAUACAUAAAUUAUACUCUAAGGAAAUGGAGAGAUUUUCUAAAUCAAAAUUUGAGUGAGUCAAAAAUAUAAGAAAAAUACUAUUUUUUUUAUUUUUUUUUAUAUUUUUUUGACAAAUAGAUUACAGAAGAGAGAAUAAAUGUUAAGGUUAUAUAACAUAUCGAUAUAAUCAGGUGAUGGCGAGAUACAAAAUAAUUUUAUGAAUAUAAUUUGAUUUAUCAGAGUAAGAAUGUUCCUUCCCAUUAGUAACAGCAUGUCGGUAUUUGUAGCCUCUGGGUAGCGAUAGGUAUACCUCACGUAUUACAAGGUAUGUAUUGCAGGGGGCUAACAGAGAGGCCACGAGGACAGUCUACUCACCUUUAUUUGCAAGUCCGGGGGGGGAGAGGGGGGGAUAUGUAUCUUCACUAGCUUUUGGAUUUGGGCCUUUCUGCAUCUAGACGCAUUCUGGAGGUGUGAAGGUUAAGAGAUUUUAGCGCACAGAGAUCACCUGUACGUGGUAGCAUCGGAUGUACAUGCAAUUGCUGAUGGGGUAUUUAGAGGGUGAGAAAAUACUAUUGUUUGUGAUAAAUGCUAUAAAUUACAUAUUUAUGCAAACAUGACUUGUCUUGCAUUAUUAUGAGGGACUGAUACUUUGUGCAGUACUGUGGAGCAAUUUUUACUAAAAGAUUUUUACAUUGUGGAAUAACUCUUUUCCCAGAAUUCUCAUCUCUGCAUGAUCUCAUGGGCAACUGCCUGAUUUCCGUGUUUAUUUUUUAUUUACAGGGAGGUACUUGCCAGUGAAGCAAUGCUGAAUAUUCCAACCAGAGCACAUUGGAAAGAGUGCAAAUCAAGUCCAGCUGAGGAGGAAUCUCUUGCAAAGUCAUUCAGAGGGGACUUUGAACAGUUUGACUUUUCGUUACAGGACUGAGUUCUGUUUUUUUUUUUGUUUUUUUAAGUGUUCAAUACAUACUAUUUGAUGUAAGGAAAAAAAAAUUAUGGUUCCACUAACUCCUAGCAAAUAAGCUGUAUUUUAUCUGAUUUGUUCAUUUGUUCCACAUAAAGUGUGUGGGGUUUUUUUGUAUUGUUUUGAACACAUGCAGAACUAUUGAUUUAUUAAAGGAAUACUAUAGACACCAAUUCCAAUUUAGCUUAAUGAAGCAGUUUUGUUAUCCUCACUGCUCAAUUUUCUGACCUUUAAGAGUUAAAUCACUUUUGUUUAUGUUCAGUUCUAGCCACACCUUCUCUGGUUGUGACGGACACAACAUGCAUUUUAAAAAAUGGAUUAAUUUUCAAUGUUUUUAGCCACUGCUGUUAAUUGAACCUUAAUCACACAAAGGAGGCUCCCGCAAGGUCUAGCAAGCUAUUAACAGUUCCGGCAGAUAAUGAAUGCUAAAUUAAACAGAUCUCACUUUACAGGAAGUGUUUAGGAAGGCUGUGUAAGUCGCAUGCAUAGAGGUGUGACCAGUGCUGUGUAAACAAAGUGAUUUCGCUCCAGAGAAUUGAGCAGUGAGACUGCACGGGCAUAAACUAAACACCAUAACUGCUUCAUUAAGCUCAUGUUGUUUGGGGAACUAUAGUGUCUUUUUAAAUCUACACAAACUUUCUUGUAGGUAAACUUUUCUACAUUUUUCCUCAGCAGGGAGGAAUCCUUGACUCUUGCUUAUAUUGAGCCUAGUAACCUUGUACUGAAUUCCUUAGUCCUAAUUAAGUAUCUCUAGUUUAUGCUAAAUAGCUCUUUGCAGAGUCUAAUUUUUGUUAUGUAAGGAUAAUUCAGCUUUAUACUGUGCAAUUCUACAGAUGUACAUCUAGAAGCCAGUUUCUGAUUUUAAAUGUUUCACAUUGCAAUAAGGAGGACAUUAAAAAUUCUUGUUUCUGAAGUGGUUCGGAUGUGCUUUUUAAGUCUACUAAUUUUAGCAUUGUAAAAAAAAAUAAUUUCUUUUUGUAAAUUUAAAUAAACUUUUUAAAACUUGAA